AAUCUCUCCCUUUCUCCUAUUUGUUUAUUUUUUAGUAAUAAUCUUCAGUUUUGGUCCCAUCACCAUCGGAGCUCGGAGGUGAAAAAGACCGCAUUUUUCGCAUCUGGGCUCUCUCAAUUUACUUCAUUUUCGUUAGGAAUCUUCUGGGUUUUUUCAAUUAUCGCUCUCUUUUUUUUUUUUUUCUUUUUUUCUUCAAGGGUUUAUAGAUAAUUUAAUCUGCUGAACACGGGUUGCACGCGUACCUAGGUGUACGGAUUCCGUUAUGCUGUAUUGAUAUACUGCUUUGAGGGUUUUAUCUACUUACCAGACUCCUCAGAUUUGAUUCAAUUUUGUCUGAAGGCUGCUUCGUCAGGCGAAGAUAUAGAUGAACCAAAUAGAUAUCGAACCUGAAGAAGAUUACAAUGACUUGGCCAAGAGGGAAGGUCAAGAAUCGACCCAUACGCAAGAUGAAAAUCCCCGUGCAGCGACGAACAAAAGAAAGUUAACACCAAAGUUUCUGUUGGCAAGCUUUCCACCGUCGCUAAUACUAGCUUAUCAAAGCUUCGGUGUAGUAUACGGAGAUCUGAGCACUUCACCCCUUUACGUUUACAGAAGUAUAUUCAUCGGAAAGUUGCAGGAUCACCAAAAUUCCGAAACGAUAUUAGGGGCGUUUUCGUUAAUCUUUUGGACCUUAACUCUUAUUCCCCUCCUCAAAUAUGUCAUCAUUAUGCUCAGUGCCGAUGAUAGUGGCGAAGGUGGGACAUUUGCACUUUACUCACUUCUGUGUAGACACGGAAAAUUCAGUUUACUACCGAACCAACAAGCGGCUGAUGAAGAACUCUCUUCUUACAAGUACGGUUCGUCUGGACAGUCUUCAUCGUCUGCAGCAAUGAAGAGAUUUAUCGAGAAGCAUAAGAAAUUUAGGACUGGUUUAUUGCUCGUGGUUUUAAUGGGGGCUGGUAUGGUGAUUGGUGAUGGUGUUAUUACUCCUGCUAUGUCAGUACUAUCGUCUGUAUCGGGGCUUGACGCUGCUCAGAAAAGAAUACCUAAUGGUGCAGUGCAAUUUAUCUCUUGCGUCAUAUUGGUUGGCCUGUUUGCUUUGCAGCACUGUGGGACCCACAAGGUGGGAUUCCUGUUUGCGCCGGUAGUUCUCAUUUGGCUGGUUUCGAUUUUCGCCAUUGGUAUAUAUAAUGUUAUUAAGUGGAACCCGAAAGCUGUGUUUGCUCUUUCUCCGCAUUAUAUUAUUAAAUUCUUUAAGCAAACCGGUAAAGAUGGAUGGAUUUCACUUGGUGGGGUUCUCCUUUCCAUAACAGGUACCGAAGCAAUGUUUGCAGAUCUUGGCCAUUUUUCUGCAAGCUCAAUACGGAUUGCUUUCGUAUUCCUCGUAUACCCUUGUUUGGUUAUGCAAUAUAUGGGGCAAGCUGCUUAUCUGUCAAAAAAUAUCUCCUCAAUUCCAAAUAGCUUCUACGAUUCAAUUCCCGGUAGUGUAUUUUGGCCUAUGUUUGUAAUUGCGACACUUGCAGCUAUUGUAGCUAGUCAAGCUAUAAUCUCAGCCACAUUCUCGAUUGUUAAGCAAUGCAGUGCGCUUGGUUGUUUCCCUCGUGUUAAAGUCGUACACACCUCAAAACAAAUCUACGGUCAGAUAUACAUACCGGAAAUUAAUUGGAUUCUCAUGAUUCUUACUCUUGCUGUUGCCGUUGGCUUCCCCGACAUUACUACCAUCGGGAAUGCAUAUGGUCUAGCUGUAAUGUCGGUGAUGUUCAUCACGACAUUUCUAAUGGCACUCGUAAUGGUCAUCGUUUGGCAAAGAAGUUCGAUUCUUGCCAUUACAUUCCUCGUUUUCUUCUGGUUCAUCGAAGCCGCUUACUUAUCCGCCGCGUACGUGAAAAUCACACAAGGAGGAUGGGUCUCCCUCGUACUCUCUCUCUUCUUCAUGUCUCUCAUGUUCGUUUGGCAUUACGGUACUCGAAGAAAAUACAAUUUCGAUCUACACAACAAAGUCCCUUUAAAAUGGAUCCUAGGCCUAGGCCCAAGCCUAGGCAUAGUUCGUGUACCCGGAAUAGGCUUAAUAUACUCCGAAUUAGCAACCGGGGUCCCACCGAUUUUCUCUCACUUCGUCACUAAUCUCCCGGCUUUCCACAACGUGUUGGUUUUCGUGUGCGUGAAGUCCGUCCCGGUUCCCUAUGUCUCCCCCGAGGAGAGAUUUCUCAUCGGACGAAUUUGCCCCCGGCCGUACCGUAUGUACAGAUGCAUCGUGAGGUACGGGUAUAAAGACAUGCAAGGAGACGAUGGUAAUUUCGAGAACCAACUCAUUCAAAGCAUAGCGGAGUUUAUCCAAAUGGAGUCGGUCGAGCCUCGAUUCUCGAGCCCAGAUGCUUUGUCGUACGACGGGCGGAUGGCCGUGGUGAGUGCUUCUAGGACAUUCGAGUCCGUUUCGAGUUUGAUUGUGUCGGAGGUCGAGGAGUGUGGCGAUAGCAAUUUCGAUUCGAUCCGGAGUAGCAAAUCUUCAACUUUGCGAAGUCUGAGUUUGGGUCACGACGAGGAGAAUCCUAGGGUUAGGAGGAGGCAAGUGAGGUUUAGUGUGCCGGAAAAUAUUGGGAUUGAUCCGUGUGUGAAGGAAGAGCUUUUGGAUUUGAUAGAGGCGAAGGAAUCGGGAGUUGCGUAUAUAAUGGGACACUCGUAUGUGAAGGCUAGAAGGUCGUCUUCGUUUUUGAAGAAAUUGGUUAUUGAUUUCGGCUAUUCGUUUCUUCGGAAGAAUUGUAGGGGUCCCGCUGUGGCGCUUCACAUUCCUCAUAUUAGUCUUAUUGAGGUUGGAAUGAUAUAUCAUGUCUGAAAAAGAUUUGUCGAGGAAUGUUUGGUACUCUUUUACAUGUGUCCAAAUAAGAUUGUUUUGUGAAACAGAGAAAUGUUUUUUUCUUUUGGGGGUGUAUCUUUUAUGUGUAUGUAUAUAUAGGAGACUUAUUUGGAUUCGGGUUUUUCAUGUCGGAAAAACAUCUAGAAAGGGUAGUUUUGGAUAUUGAAUAAUGCUCGUGUUUAUGAUGAAAUGCAGGAUAUGCAACUGUGUCCUGUUGUAAAAUAUAACUCCGAUGAAGUUCAUUGUGAUAUGUAAGUAACAUAAACAAACUAUGAUUAUUUUAUGACCCUUUCGUUUGUUUAUACCGGAAAA